AUGACAACCGACAUUGUUGCUCCACCAAGAGCCAAAUUGUAUGAUAAACUCUUGCUCAAACUCGCAAGAAAGGCACAGAGCUGGCGAAAAUUGUCAGUGCUGACAGCAGCAGUUGGUGUUUUGGAGUGCACAUUAAAUAUUUGGCAAUUCAUAAAGCAGCCGGAUCUAAAGUCACGGACAACGAGACGUCGACAGCUUUGGAUUGACCAGGCUAAAGCAGCAAAUGCUGGGAAGACACGUAUAGCCCUUGUUACAGGCGGAAACACUGGUCUUGGAUAUGAAACUGCCAAGGCAUUGGUCGAGGCAGGUUACUUGACCAUCAUCGCAUGUAGAUCUGUUGGAAAGGGCCAGGAAGCUGUUGACAGGAUCGAAAAGUCAACUGGAAUCAAAGGUAUGGCCAUUGUCAUGUCCCUGGACCUGUCAUCGCAGGAGAACAUCAAGGCUUUCAUACGCGAUUUCAAGGACUUGAACUAUCCUCACUUGGAUGUCCUUGUCAACAAUGCUGGAGUGAUGGAUAUUCCUUUUAUGUUGACCAAGGAUGGAUAUGAAAUGCAGUUUGGUGUGAACCAUUUGGGUCAUUAUGUUUUGACCUUGGGGUUACUUCAGCAGCUGAACAAGGCUGAACAAGGCCGCAUUGUGAUCCUUACAUCAGGAGCCAUGUUUUCGUCAAGCAACAUCCGUUAUGACCGUCUUCAGUCCUCGGUGGGUUACUCUCGUCUUGGACAUUAUUCAUAUUCAAAGUUGGCCAACAUGUUGUUUAUCAAGGCACUGGAUCGUCGACUCCGUGAGCAAGCACCCAGUUCCAAGAUCACAAUCAAUGGGUGCCAUCCAGGCACUUGCCAUACUGAACUCUUCCGAAGCAGCAAGUAUCUGGGUCCGAUACAAGCUCCAUUGGCGCUUGUAUUCCGUAGUCCAUUGUUUGGAGCUAUGAGUUCUAUCUAUCUAGCCUUGGCGCCUCCUGGGCAUGAGUUGGAGAGCACAAGCGGUGAAUACUUUUUCGACCAGGCCCCUAGAGAACCAAAUCCGGCUGUAAAUGAUUUAGAGCAACAGGAUUUGCUGUGGCAAAAGAGUGUUGAGUUUACAGGCGUUGACUUUAAGUUGUAA